AUGGCAUCAGCGGUUCUCCCAGUUCGUGCUGCGCUCAUCGGGCUGUCUUCCUCGGGAAACUCAUCCUGGGCCUCGGCAGCCCAUCUCCCAGCAUUGCUCACCGAGACUGGACGCUCCAAGAUUACCAUCACCGCGCUGUCUAACAGCAGUAUCGAGGCCGCAAAGGACGCCAUCCAGAAGUAUGGACUUCCGGACCAUACCAAGGCAUAUGGAUCACCAGGAGAUCUCGCAGUUGAUACAGAGAUCGAUCUGGUCAUAUGCAACACCCGGGUGGACAAGCACUACGAGACAAUUCUUCCCAGCGUCAAAGCGGGUAAAGACGUUUAUGUCGAAUGGCCAAUUGCCAGCAACAGGGAGCAAAUCGAUGAGAUUGUUGAAGCAGCCAAGAAGAGUGGAUCAAGGGUUGCUGUGGGUUUACAGAGACGCUGGACACCACCAGCUGCGAAGCUAAGAGAUAUCUUGGAUAGUGGAAGCGGUAGACUUGGAAAAGUGCUAAGCUCAGACGUUCGAGCUUUCGGGGGCACAAAUGACAGGGAGACGAUGCCUACUAGUCUGAAGUAUUUCUCCCAAAAAGAUAUCGGCGGAAAUGCUAUUGUGAUCGGCGUCGGUCAUGUGCUUGACAUCGUAUUCUCAGUUGUCGGCCGACUUGACGCACAGUCCGUUCAUUCAAAUACACAAAUCCAGCGCCCCAACAUCCGCAUUCAAGACCCUCAAACCAAGCAAACGGUUAAAGAAGUAAUCACCGACGUACCCGAUUUCCUAGCGGUCCGUGGCACUAUAGCGCACUCUCCCCUCACCUCCUCAAAUGCAACUCUGUCCUUCCUGUUCCGCCGCGGCCAACCGUUUCCCGGUACACCAGCUCUAACAUGGACCAUAAACUGCGAGUAUGGCGAGAUCAGCAUCACGUCUGCCACGAAUAUGGUAUUUCAAAUGAGUGAAGGAGAUGGGCCAGUCGUGAUACAGGUGCACCAUUUCGAUACUCAUGAGGUGGAGAAUCUUGAUUGGGAUUGGUCUGAGAUGCAGAAGGAAGUGCCGAUAGUUGGACGAGAUGUCAUGACUAGUCUUUUCGCGUUCGCGGAAGGCAAGGAAGAAGGAGAUGGGUGGGUGGGCUUGGAGGAUGCUGCGAGCUAUGCGCGGAUGAUUGAUGGGUUCCUAGAAGAGUAG